CAAUUAGGGUUAAAGAGUUCUCUUUUGAGCCAUAUAUAUAGCACUCUUUCUCCCUUUCUCUCUCCUGUCAUAUCGUCAAAACUCUCUCUUGUAACACCUUAGAGCUACAACAAAAGACCUCAGAGACAAAAAUGGAGCAGACCUUUAUCAUGAUCAAGCCUGAUGGUGUCCAGAGAGGCCUGGUUGGUGAGAUUAUUAGCAGGUUUGAGAAGAAGGGUUUCUCUUUGAAAGGUUUGAAGCUCAUCACUGUGGACCGACCUUUUGCUGAGAAGCACUAUGCUGAUCUGUCUGCAAAGCCCUUUUUCAGUGGAUUGGUUGAUUACAUCAUUUCUGGUCCUGUUGUUGCUAUGAUUUGGGAAGGUAAGAAUGUUGUGGUAACUGGCCGAAAGAUUAUUGGAGCCACAAACCCCUCAGAAUCUGCUCCAGGAACCAUCCGUGGUGAUUUUGCUGUUGAAAUUGGCAGGAAUGUCAUUCACGGAAGUGAUUCAGUUGAGAGUGCAAGGAAAGAAAUUGCACUGUGGUUCCCUGAUGGCCCUGUUAACUGGGAGAGCAGCCUUCACCACUGGGUCUACGAGUAAAUGCUUGCUUGAGCCGUUGUUUGAUGCUCAGUUUCCUCCGCAUAUUUAUUGUUACGAGUCUUACAAGUACAACUCGAUAAGCUAGUUAUGAAAUUUUGACUUUUAUGUUAUGUCUUUUCCCUUUGAACUCAAGAUGUGCAUGUCAUUUGCACUUUUCUUGCAGUGAUGGUAUUAAGUUUAAGUUUGUUUGUGCACUGAGUUAUUUUAGAUAUUGUUUUUGGUUUGGAUGAGUAGGCCAUCAAUCAUGAUGCGGUUCUGAUUUGAUAUGGUAAUUUAUGUUUGGGGAUGGAUUCAGUUUUGGUCGGGGCACUUGAAUUUGUCAUAGUUAAAUACUUGGCUGCAUUGACAUUGAAUCAA